UGCAGCGGGUAAAGUUGGGCGUUCACUUACCGUCCGCAUGACAUCAUCUCAAAAGGAAUUUCUCGCAAGUCCCCUAUAAAACCGGCUGUUAUCUCCAACGCUGGAGUCACUGAGAGCACAGCCGCUGCUAUCAAACACGGGACGUCUCGAAAACGGUACCGCCAUGUCUUCAUACGCCUCUUCAGACUCUCGCCGCGUCCGUCCCGCCGUGAGCGGCGUCAAGUUUGACACGGCGCACCGCAAGAAAGCGUCGCCGAACAUCUUCGAGAACGUCAACCAAGACGUCCUGGCGAAACUCUUCGAGAAAGCAGGAGACCUGAAGGCGGUGGAGAGAGCCAGGGCCAUCCUCGCGCUGCACCAGGAUCCUGAGGGCACCUCCAGAGCGCUCAUGGCUCUUCAGCAGGAUAAGAAGGACAGGUUUAUGCUCAUUACCGGACUGACGCGCCAGUCGCUGAAGUUUCGUUGAGGGAAGUUUUCGUUGGGAAGCUGUGCAGACGUGUGCACGGAGAAACAAACCGUGAUCACUUAUGCUGGAGUCUGGUGUUACUCAAGGCUUUGUGCUGAACUUGUGAUGGUGUACUUAGUCAUGAGUCCAGAGUCAUGCUGGCGUGCUGUGAAAAUACAGAGAGAGGAGACUCAACUGAUCCAGAGCGAGAAAGUUGAGCUUACAGACUCCAUGGAGAACAUUUGAAAUAUGGACUGAUGCCACGGGUUGUUUAUGAAUAGUGUCAGUAUCAACAGUGUAUGUAUUGCCAUUUUACAGUCUGCUUAAAAAAAUAAAAUAAAAUAGUUUUGAUAAUCUCA